UGAACAGAAAAUGGCGAAGCUUACAAAACCACUCGGUGAGCAAUCUAAACAAUAGGCUCACAAUUUGAAAUCUGAGAAUUAUUUUGUAAACUGGCACGUUUAUAAACUAGCUAGGCUACUGUUUUGAUCAUAAUAAUCAUUCCCGAUUAAAAUAAAUGGCGAGUUUUGAGGAUUUUGUGUUGAGAAGUUAUGUAACCGACGUUCUUCUCUUCUAUUCUCUCAACAAAAAAUGACAACGUGAGACACGAGUCCCCUGCUUCCAGGUGUCUGUCUGUCGGACUGUGAAGAGUGAGAUGUAUAUGGAUACACCCUUACAGUUCACAGGAGGACCUCUUCCUGAUCUGAGAGUGAAACAAGAGAGAAUGGAGUCUCCUGUUCCCAGCUGUCUGUCUGUGAAGAGUGAGAUGUCUAUGGCUCCACCCUUAGUGUUUAGAGGAGGAACUCUUCCUGAUCUGAGAGUGAAACAAGAGAGAAUGGAGUCUCCUGUUCCCAGCUGUCUGUCUGUGAAGAGUGAGAUGUCUAUGGAUCCACCCUUAGUGUUCAGAGGAGGAACUCUUCCUGAUCUGAGGGUCCUAAAGAGGAGAAUGGAGUCUCCUGCUCCCAGCUGUCUGUCUGUGAAGAGUGAGAUGUCUAUGGCUCCACCCUUAGUGUUCAGAGGAGGAACUCUUCCUGAUCUGAGAGUGAAGCAAGAGAGAAUGGAGUCUCCUGUUCCCAGCUGUCUGUCUGUGAAGAGUGAGAUGUCUAUGGAUCCACCCUUAGUGUUCAGAGGAGGAAAUCUUGCUGAUCUGAGAGUGAAGCAAGAGAGAAUGGAGUCUCCUGUUCCCAGCUGUCUGUCUGUGAAGAGUGAGAUGUCUAUGGCUCCACCCUUAGUGUUUACAGGAGGAACUCUUCCUGAUCUGAGAGUAAAACAAGAGAGAAUGGAGUCUCCUGUUCCCAGCUGUCUGUCUGUAAAGAGUGAGAUGUCUAUGGAUCCACCCUUAGUGUUUAGAGGAGGAACUCUUCCUGAUCUGAGUGCCAGUGUGCUGACUGAGGACCAGUUCCGAUGUUCCGUGUGUUCUGAGGCUCUGAGGGAGCCGGUCUCCAUCCCCUGUGGACACAGUUACUGCAGACAGUGCAUCAGUACCUACUGGGCCCAGCCCAGCCUAGAGGGAUACAAUGUGUGCCCUGAGUGCAGUAAGAGAUUCAGCACCCUGCCUGAGCUCUCCAUUAACACAGCCUUGACCAGGGUGCUCCAGGCUUUCCAGCGGGCAGGUUACAGCCCUGCCCUCCCUGCCCAGACCUACGCAGGGGCUGGGGAUGUACCCUGUGAUAUCUGCGCUGGGCCUAAGCACAGAGCCAUCAAGUCCUGCUUGACCUGUAGCGCCUCCUACUGUGAGGGUCACGUCAGACAGCACUACACGGUCCCAGCACUGCAGAGACACCUCCUGGCAGAGGUCAGGGGAGACCAGACACACACAGACCAGCUGGAUAGAACCAUGAAGAUGGAGGACAUCAAAGAGGCUUCCCAGCAGACCCUAGGCAUCGGAGGCUUGGCCGUAGGCGGAGCAGCGGGCGCGGCCGGGGCCCAGGCUGGCCUCGGCGCCGUGGGAACGGGCCCGGGGGCGGCGCCCCCCACGGCCGACCCGGAGAAGCGCAAGCUGAUCCAGCAGCAGCUGGUGCUGCUCCUCCACGCCCACAAGUGCCACCGGCGGGAGCAGGCCAACGGGGAGGUGCGCCAGUGGAACCUGCCCCACUGUCGCACCAUGAAGAACGUCCUCAACCACAUGACCCACUGCCAGGCCGGCAAGUCCUGCCAGGUGGCGCACUGUGCCUCGUCCAGAGAGAUCAUCUCCCAUUGGAAUAACUGCACGCGACACGACUGUCCGGUCUGCCUACUUCCGGGCUCCCUCGGAACCGUACCUGGGGGCCAGCCCAGCACCCCCAACUUGAACCCCCCCAGCCAGAUCGACCCCAGUUCCAUCGAGCGGGCCUACGCAGCCCUGGGCCUCACCUACCAGGGCAACCAGAUGCCUCAGCAGCCCCCCCAGGGCAACAUGGCCAACCAGGGCCUGCCUGGCCAGCCCAGCAUGAGGUCCCUCAACACCAUGGGAGGGAACCCCAUGGGAGUGAAUGGUGGGGUGCAGCAGCCCAACCAACAGUCCAACCUGCUCCCAGACGCCAUGCAGCACAACAGCAUGAACGCACAGAGUUUGAUGAAUGACAGUGGGGUGGGCAGUCUGGGCUCCAUGCCCACGGCAACUCCUCCCUCAGCACCGGGCAUGAGGAAGUCCUGGCAUGAGGACAUCACCCAGGACCUGCGCAACCACCUCGUCCAUAAGCUGGUGAGCAGUGUGCAGGCCAUCUUCCCCACCCCGGACCCGGCUGCGCUGAAGGACCGGCGCAUAGAGAACCUGGUGGCCUACGCCAGGAAGGUGGAGGGAGACAUGUACGAGUCGGCCAACAGCAGGGCGGAGUACUACCACCUGUUAGCCAAGAAGAUCUAUAAGAUCCAGAAGGAGCUGGAGGAGAAGAGGAGGACGCGGCUGCAGAAGCAGGGCAUGAUGCCCAACCAGCCUGGCAUGCCGCCCACAGGCCUGCCUCAGGGGCCCCCUGGCAUGGGCCAGCCGCCGAUGGCUCCCGGACUGCCUCCAAGAUGAGUACUACUACCUGAUAUCUGAGAAGAUCUAUUGGAUCCAGAAGGAGCUGGAGGAGAAGAGGAGGAAGUGGCUGCAGAAGCAGGACAUGAGUUGAUCAGACCCCGCUUAAAUGUUUGAUAAUUUACUGAUAAUUAUCCAUUAGUGUUUUGUCUGCACAAAUCAAUCAUUCAUUUGAACUCUAUUCUCUGCCCUCAUAUUGUUCAUAUGACUCAUCAUGGACAUGCUCUCAGUUUGGAACAAAUUAUUUGUGAUGCACUUGUUUUUUGUCAACAGGACUUUUCCAAAUAACAUUAAUGACGCUGAGCAUAUUUCCAAGGCCGGGCUUGGGCCGGGUCUGCCGUGCUGUUAGAAAUGUGACUCUUGUUCUAACUUGCACUGAAAUGUUUUCUGAAUAG